AUGACAUCAUUGACCUCUUCUCAACCGCCCCAUCACCACACUCCGAAAUACACUGGUUACCAUCGUCAAUGGUUUUCAGUAUUGCCAUCCGAGACACAACCUGUAAAUUCCCAAUUCUCAUCGACAACAGAACCCAUUUCCGUUUUGAGUUAUAACCUUCUCGCUCAAAGUCUUUGUAAUCGACGAGGUACACAAUGCUAUCUCACUCCAGAACAAGCACGAUGGUCUUUUCGAAAAACAAAACUCUUGAAUGAAAUUGCUCACUUAAAUAUGGAUAUUAUUUCAUUGCAAGAAGUUGAUUUUUAUGACACGUUUUGGGAAAUGGAAUUACAAAAAUUAGGAUAUUCAACAGUGUUUAGUCCUCAAUUUAAUUUUGAAAAGAAUUAUCGACCCAUGCCUUAUGGUCUCGUUAUUGGUUAUAAAAAGGACAAAUUUAAUUUAUUGAAAUUUAAAGUAGUGGAUUAUCGAUUGCAAGCAUUGUCAAUGAGUAAAUUUGAUGUGAAUCAUGAAUCUUCAUGUUGCAAUGAAACGAGUCAUUCAACAAGCAUAUUACCUCCAAUGACAGUACUUGAACAAUGUGAAAUGAAUCAAAGUGGUAAUAUUGCCUUAUUGGCGGUAUUGCAAUGUAACAAUGAUCCAAAUUGUGGAGUGAUCUUGUCCAACACUCACUUGUAUUGGAGACCUGAAAGUAAUGUUGUGAGAGUGAGACAAGAAUUGGUACUCUUGCAUGAAAUGAAUGAAUUAUUUAAGGACUUUAAUAAGAAUGAUCGUAAUGACUUGUUUGAAUUAGUAUUUACUGGAGAUUUCAACACUUCACCCAAUGACUUACCUUAUAUUUUACUGACGACAAGAAAUCCUGAAAGCAAUAAUGGUUGUGAUGAAAAUGGAAUUGCUCUCGAUGAGAAUGGAAAGAAAUUUUGGAAUGCGUUCAAUCAAAGCGAAAUGAUGAGUGGUCUUGAUGGUUACGAUUGUGAACAAGAUCCUCUCGUUCCUUACUUUCCAAUUGUGGAAUGGGCUACAGAUCAAUGCAAAGAAGAAUUCCUUCAACAACAAUCGCACGUGUCCAUGACAUCGACUAGUAAUAGUUCCGAUGAAUCUCUCAAUGUUCAAGAACAAUAUUUCUUUGAACAAUUCUAUAUGGAUCAAAAAGUGAAGCGACUCGAACACAUUCGACAAUGUGUGAAACAUUUUUCACAUUUUCCCUUAUUACACUCCUUGUAUACACAAUAUUCCAAAUGUUCAACAUUGACCUUCAUGAAAGAAGAAGAGAGACAGCGUCAAGUUCUCAACCCCACAAUUUGCAACACAACAACUUUGACCAUUCAGGACCGUAUUGAGGCCAUGAAAGUUCAUUCUCGAUGGUCCAAUCAAGAACUCUACUAUACAACCUUCACUCCCAAAUACAUCUCUUCGUUGGAUUACAUUAUGGUACGAAAGAGAGCCAUCGUGCCGACCAUGACGAUCAGAGCUGUGAUCGUUCACCCAUCUCCAUCCAAUUAUGUAGUUUGUUAUCCAUACCAACACCUCAAGAAAUCACACAAGGAGGAAAAGUGUAGAGAAGUUCAUGUAUUAGACGGUGAGGGCGAUUCCGAAAUCCCAAAAGCGUUCUGCCUUGCAAGAGAAGAAGAGUUGAGAAGAAGAGUUACACACUCUCUUGAAUUUAAGAAGGCAAAGAAGAAGCCUUUUGUACCAAUGCACCGAACCAACUCUUCUCCUGUUGAAAUUGUAAAACCGUUCUAUGAACGACCACUUCAAGCUGAAAAACGUUCACGAUCCAUGCCUUACCGAGUGAUCCCAGUUAAUUCUGAAGAAGAGGAGUUGGGCCAAAUAGGAGCAUGGGAAGGAUCUGUGAGGGUCAUUACAUCACCUCCAGUUCGCAGGGGAUCAAGGAAAAGCAUUACAACUGAAGUGGCAAUUGUGAUCACUCCUCCAUGCAGUCCAGCCCAAUGCGAUCACUUGUCUCCUUCCUCACGCAGACAUCUCUCUCAAUUGUCCUUAGAGAAAUCAUUAGGCCCUAUUCUGAACAAGGAACUUACUAGCCCGAAGUGUUCAGCUUGGAACAGCGGUAGUGUGAUACAAACCCAGACAGUGCUGACAUAA